AUUCCAACUACUCCACUACCUCCUCUCCUAUAACUUCCCCUAACCCUCCCUCCCCAUCACCCUCUCGCCCUUUAAGUCAUUUUUUUCAAGUACAAAAAUGGAAGCUUAGCUUUCCUCCUUCAGUGGACGCACAACAUGUGCACCUGUGUUUAACAAUUACUACGUAGGCUAUAGGUAAGAAAAGAAAAGUAUGGAGGAUUUACUUUGUGAUGAGGUAUGGCUUUCGAGUCCGGAAAUUCCUGAACAUUUCCAUGAACCUGGAGUAUGCAUUGUGGAUGGUGAUGUUGGUUCCUUUAAUGUCAUGACAAAGGAAGAGUAUGAGCAAGCUCUCAUAAUGUGCCUUCAGAAGGAGUUGAGUUACGUGCCUAAACCUCAAUAUGUAGAAUAUCUUCAUUCUAAUGGUCUAGUCUUGGCUAGGUUUGGAGCGGUUGUGUGGCUCAUUAAGUCUCGUGCUCGGUUGAACCUCAGUGUGGGAACUGUUUUCAGUGCUGUAAAUUACCUAGAUAGGUUCAUGUCUAUGAGCCAUUCCCAUAGUUGGAAAUGUUGGAUGAUUGAACUACUAUCCGUGGCAUGCUUAUCCAUUGCCUCCAAGUUCAAUGAAACCUCAACUCCACCGUUCCAUGAAAUUCAGAUGGAAGGCCUGGAACAUUCAUUUCGAUCAAACACAAUCCAAUGGAUGGAGCUGGCUCUGAUGAAUGCAUUGCAAUGGCGCCUUAACUGUACUACUACAUAUUCCUACGUGGAGCUGAUGAUAUCAAACAGCAUCUGCAAUAAAAGUCACAAGGAAUUAACCAACCAAGUCACCAAAACGCUUCUCGCAGCUCAAUUAGACUUAAAAUUGCUGGAGUAUCCACCUAGUGUCAUUGCUGCAUCAGCCGUGCAUGAUGUAAUUUCAUCUUCAUGUGACGUCGUCCAUCUCCACAAUAUCUCAAAUCUCCUUAAUCAACACCAGAAGGAUGGCUUUGCUGAGUGUCAUAUGAUAAUGCAAGCAUGGUUGGCUGAUCCAUUCUUCAGUACUUUAAUCAAUGCUUCUGAUGAUGAUGAGUACUCCUGCUACUGCCCUUCGAGUCCUGUGACAGUCUUGUUCAAGGAACCUAUUAACGUCAAUGAUUGUCAAGUUGAUCUCUCUCUCUUUAAAAUGUCUGCUGGUUCAGAUCUAAGUGAUCUUGAAUCUAAUGGGAAAAAGAGAAAGAGGGAAGAAGAAGAAGAAGAAGAAUAGAGAAUUACAAUGACGUUUCAGCCUAACUGAUUAUACCUUUGCUACAUAACGGAACAUUCCAUAAACUGUGAAAAUACAGCUGGUGGAGUUAUAAUGUAGCUGAAUAUUUAAAGCAAUGCUAAUAGAAUGCAUGUUUUUUU